AUGCAAUAUUAUCAAAAGAUAACACAUUAUUUUUCGGGUGAAUUAUUUCUAUAUGUUCGUUUACUAUCAUUAUAUGGUGAACAUUCUUUUGAGUAUGAAAUUUUGAUUCGAAUCUCUCAAUCAUUUCCGCUAUCAUUUAUCAUCAAUCACAAAAAACAUAAACAACUUUAUAAUUCAAUAAAUCAUAAUGAAAAUUCAUCAAGUGUUAAAUAUAAUUAUCUUAUUACAGUUGAUAUUUCAAAAGUUCAUGAUGAUUAUAAAGAAGAAUUUUUAUUUAAUACAAAAACAUAUUUUCAUACUAAUAUUCUUCUUUAUAUCAAUGAUUAG